AAUCUUUUUAUAAUAUAAAUGAGUUUUUAGCGCUGUGAUGAAAAUACUUAUUGUAAUUCCAAACAAUAAUGGAUAAUAAACUUAUAAUGUGCGUUGGACAUAGACGUUACAAUUUUCAAUUAAUACCUAUGAAGGUACCUAAUACAAGUUGUUCUUAAUAUUAGUUUGUCCUCAGCGAAGUAUUGCAUAAAUAGUAAAUACUUAGAUGUUUAUGUCAUUAUUCAAUAAUAAGCAGCUUGCACUAUAUUACUUAUCGAAAUAAUGCAAGACAAUAAACUCCUAGAAACUGUUGCAGAUGAAUAUUGUAAUAGGUACCUCUAGUUAAAUAGUAAAAAAAAUGUAUGGAUUAUUUAAAAUCAAAAUGAACUCGGAACAUUUAUACACCUAUAUAAAUAGUUUUGGAUAUUACUUAAAUUGAUAGCACUUGAACGUUUACAGGUAAAAUGACAUUAAAUGUUGAGCCUGUUCUCAGUUUAUUUGAGAAUUCAGUACCUAAAAUUCCUUUUUGGAAYAUUGAUUUACCUAAAAGUCCAUGGGAUGUAGAUGAUAACUUAGAAGAAUUGGACGUUUUGUGCGAAUUGGUUAGAAAUCAAUAUUUAAAACGUCUCCAUCAAACAUUGCUCAAUAAUUUAGAUGUUACUAGUCAUUAUAAAAAUAAACCUCACUAUCAGAUUCAACAUUGUGUUAAUAUAUGUAUGGCUGAAUUGGAAAAGCAAGCUUUAAGACGAUGUAUGAUUGCUAGUAUUUAUCGUGAAGGAAUGACUAAUGUGAUCAAUAAAGUCAAGACGUGCACAAAAAAUUCAAUGCUAUAUGAUUUGCUUAAGCAUAUUAUUGAGUCAAAUAAUCAAAUACCAUCAAAUGAUAAAUUAUUUGAAUCUGGAAAUAUAAAAGAGAAGAAAUCAGUGGGUAUUGAUGCAAGUGUUAAUACUGAACAAAAAUGUAAUAAAAUAACAUCAACACAGACUGAAAUAUGGACAAAUGUUGACAAUAAUUUACUUGAUAAAUUUCCUAUUAAUAAUGUUAAUACAGAUCUGGUGAAUAAACCUAAUAUACCAUCUAGUCCCUACAAAGUGAAAUCUAAGAUCUCUGAAUCAAAUAAUAUCUUCAAUAAUUUAAAUUCUUUAUUAAAGUCAUCUUGUUCUUCAAAUUCAUCUCCUGAUGUUCAUAUGGAAGUAAAUUAUAAGUAUGAAUCUUCUGAAUUUGAAAAUAUACAAAGGAAAGACGAACAAGAAAAUUCUACAUCAAAUGAUAUACUAAGUAUUAAUGCAUUAUUAAGAGAUCUUCAAGAUUCUCCUGAAUAUGAACAACAGUCUUCAAAAUUGGAGGAACGUUUAAUUGCACUUGGGUUAGCAAUUGAAAAUAAUAAUUCCACAGAUAAUUUAACCGAGAUAACUAAACCAAUCAGUAUAAGUCCUAAUAUUAUACGUCCAAACAAAAUAAAUGAAAUAAUUACAGACAAAUUUAAAAGUAAACGAGUUGCCAAGUCAUAUCAAUUAAGGAACAGUAUGAAUGAAUUGCCACAAAAUCUACAAAUCAGACUGAACCAGAAAUUUAAUGACUUGUUUGGGAAUAGUCAUUUUUAUGAAUCUGAUCCAUUAUCUGAAGAAGAAGAACGUAUUAUUGCACAUAAAAGAAUUGUAAAAAUGGUUGUAGAAUGUAUGACACCUUAUUACAAAGCACACCGUAUCAGCAGACAUUUAUUUAAAAAUCUUGCUAAGUUAAUUUCUAAGAAUCUUAUGGAUCGAUCAUAUGACCCAGAUGAAAACACGGUAGCCAAAGGAGUUAGCGAAUUUUUUGCUGGAAAUAGAUGCAUUAAAACAAUUGAAGAUAUUUUUAUCAAUAAUUGAAUAAUUACUUCAAUAAAUUGUAAUUCAUAAUUUAUCAAUCAA